AUGACAUGUGAACAUCCUCGUUGUUCGUCGGAUAUAUUUUCAAGAUGUACAAAUCAUUGUAAAAAGAAUGUGUGUUUGGAACAUUUGAUCGAACAUGGAGAUGCUUUCUUACAUGAUUUCACUAAUUUAAUGGAUCGAUUAGAUAAGGCAGUAACGUGUUUGGCGCAAGUAACGACAGACACGGCAACAGCGAUUACUGAACGUCACCAGCGCGAUAUUAGUCGUAUAAAUCGUAUUUAUGACGAACAACAAGAGACUCUUCGAAAGCGAUUGGCAUUUGCUGAAGAGGCAAAUGCGUUUGUAAAAGACAAAGAGAGUCUACUAGCAAAAUCGACAUUUGCUCAGCAUGAUGUCGAACAAAUCAACAUGUAUACAGUCGAAAUAAAAAAUUUCACAAUCAAUAAACAAGACUCAAAACCUUUCAUUCCACAACCAUUGGAUACGCUCGAUUCGAAAAUGUUUCAAUGUCCUCUAACCAAACCCAACGUGUUCGGUAUUACAUCUGAACACAAGAUUCGUUUCGAUUGCGAUGGUGCGUACCAUCUAAAAUACAACAUAGUUAAACAUUUCGAAUACUAUCAUCGAAUGAUACCGGAAUGUGCGCUUCGAUUACGCAAUGCGAUUGUCGACGAUAGAUUGCCUCCUGAAACGAAAUUAUUCUCCAAUACAGAAGUUCUAUUCAACCGAGAAUAUCGUUCUGACUGUCCAUUAACUGAUCCAACGAAUAUCUACGGUGCCAACGCAACAGUCUCGACACUACUGCAUAUACCAUGUUCGAAAAAGCAAUUGACAUUGCCAUCGAUGCAGAAUCAUUUUCAUUUGUAUCACAAGAUGCGAUAUGAUGUUGCGAAGAAGAUCGUUGAUGCCAUGAAGAAAACUCCAAAUCUAAGUUCAACGAUGAAAUUAUUGGCAAUAUUUGUUUUACAUAAAGAAGGUGAUAAGAAAGUCAAAAUACUUCAGGAUGAAUUCAAUCUCGACAGUUUUGGUUAUUUUGAACGUCGCAGUGUACAACCAUUGCUUGUCUUCUCAGCAAGAACUGUCACUGAACGUACAGCCAUAAACACCAGACAAUCUGUUGAAGCCGAUCAAAACGUUAAUGCUAUGGUUCAUGUUUAUGUUCGUUCGGAUGGUUUAGCAUCAGUUAUUGUCUCCGAUGGUGAAUACCCACAACGAGUUGCACACACUCUGUUGAGUAAAGUUAUGGAUGACUUUACCAGUGUUAAUCCACCCUCAACCUGGGCAGGCAUGGCUGAACAAUCUGGUAAGAUGGCAUCGUUGGGUGAAACUUUGAGAAAAUACCAGAAUCCCCAGGAAGCUGACCCAUUGAUGCGUUUACAAAAAGACCUUGAUGAUACGAAAGACAUUCUUAAAAACACCUUGGUCAACGUUCUCGAACGUGGCGAGAAAAUCGAUGAUCUCGUCGCUCGAUCAAAUGAUUUAAGUUUCGAAGCCAAAGCAUUUUAUAAAACGGCUAGAAAAACGAAUCGAUGUUGUACAUUAUUCUAA